AUAUAAUUCAGGCUUAAAGAAAUGUUGAUUUCUAUACAAUUUUAUAUAAAAAAAUAUUUUGUAUCUAGUUGUUUCUGAUAAAACUUUCCUUUCCCCCAGAAAUACUUUCAAAAUAGCUAGUCUGAGCUUUGCCAUUCUCAAAUAAUAUUCCCUUUUUUUUUCUUUUUUUUUUCUUUUUUUUUGAGGGUAAAGAGAAAAAGUAAGUAAGAAUAUCUGAUAAAGGAAGAUUACCUUUUCCAGGCAACUUUCAGGUACCCUGUACAUACAAUAUAGGACUUUAGCUAUUGAGGCCUGGAUUCAGAUGGUACAUCUUUGAAGCUAAUGGGUGCAUGUUAUUCUGAACAUGUUACACCAUUUGAUGCUACUAUUGUAUCUCAAGGUUGUCUUAACAAGCAUUUCAUUUAAAAAGUCAUAUCAACUCAUGGUGUGGAUGUGAGUAUUAAAACAUAAUAAUUCAAGAUUUAAAUAAAAGUAAUCAGAAAUUCAAUACACUGUUUUGAUAACUGAGCUGAGUCUUGAAGACUUUGGAAUGAAUACAUGAAAUUAACGACACAUGAUUUAUCUUGGUAUAAUUCAGUAGAACUCGGAUUAUAACAUUUUUCAAAGAUCUCUUUAUUUAGAGGCUUAACAAAUAUUCCAAAUUAACUAAUUCAAUUAAUUUAAUCUUGAAUUCAUGUUACCCUGAAAAGUAUUUGUUCUAUAAUAGGAUUGUUAAAAUUUCCCUGCUGUAUUUCUAAGUGAUGAGAAGACUUUACAGUCUAAUGUGAUUUCCUUCAAGCAACAGCAUAUUGUUGAAUAAUGCAGUACAACAUGUAUUUUUUUCUUCACUUGCUUACUUGCACAGGAGUUAAUGGGUUUCUGUGAAGUACUGCUUAUUCCUCAGCCUGAAAAGACUUCACAUUCUCUUAGCUGAAAACGUGUUCUGAUUAAUAAAAUGCUCACUUCUGCUAGAGAUGCUGGGUGUUAGUCCAAUAAUACAAGGUUGAAUGAGUAAUGCCUGGCACAUUGUCAGCCAUCUAUUAACUAGCUAGUUAAUAUCUGCCGUCUUAUAUCACUAAGGAAUUACUUCAUUAAGCAUGGUUUGUUCAACAAAUUUGGUUAUUCAUAAAAAUAUAAAAUUCCUUUUUAGUGAUGUAACAUUUUUGCAAUUGGAAAUCAGUUUUUAAAGACUAUAACAUUGCAUCAGCCUUAUUAAAUAAAAUGCCUUCUCCAAACAGUGGAUAGAAUUUACCAUUAUCAGUAACAGCCAUCUUUUUUGUUUAGUCAUUUGAAAGCAAAAAUCUACCAUUGUUAAAAUCUCUAUCCAGAUAAUCAGUGACCUUACAGCUGUCCUGCAGAAAGGGAGUGACAUAUUCCAUUGAAAUCAAACCACCCCACAAGCAAAAAUGUUCAGCUUUGUGGAAGAACUUAAAAAUAACACUUCAAUGCUAAUCAGCUUAAAGGAACUAGCUUAGCUGAACGAGCAGAUAAAGGAAACUAAGAAUUUAAACUUGCUUCUAGAAAAGGGACUGAGCUGGAUGGUGAAGAAUUAAAACGUUAGAAAAAAUCUUUGACUUUUAACUAGAAAGCAAACAGGAGUAUGCCUGCAGAUUUCAAUGGUUAUUGGAAAAUGCUCAGUAAUGAGAAUUUUGAGGAGUAUUUGAAAGCUCUAGAUGUAAAUAUUGCAGUGAGAAAAAUAGCCAGUAGGCUCAAACCUGACAAAGAGAUUAUUCAGGAUGGAAACCAUAUGAUCAUUAAAACCCUCAGCACUUUUAAAAACUACAUCAUGGAUUUUGAAAUAGGGACAGAAUUUGAAGAGGAUUUAACAGGGGUGGAUGGUCGCAAAUGUAUGACUUGUGUGACGUGGGAUGGAGAUAAACUUCUAUGUGUGCAGAAAGGAGAAAAAGAGGACCGUGGUUGGAACCAAUGGAUUGAAGGAAACGAAAUGCACUUAGAAAUCAGAGCUUGUGGUGUCAAGUGUAAGCAAAUAUUUAAGAAGGUACAGUGAUAAGCCUAAUCACAGGUAUCAAGAAGCUUGGACAGAAUGACUGAGCCUGCUGCCAACUCUACAGAUGCUGUGGUGCAGUAAUAUUCUUUAGUAACACUUAGAAAAGAAGCCAUGGCCAACAUGAAAUUGUAUCUAAUUUUCUCAAUUGUAUCUAAUUUUCUCAAAUUAGAUAUAAUAUAUAAAUUCACAUUAACGUUGAUGAAACCUACUGCAUGUGAACAUAUAUGUUCCGUUGAUUAUAACAUUUGAUAUGAUGUUUGAUAUGAUAAAUUUAAAUACAUGCUAGAACUGUCCACAAGGAAUUCAACUGUGAAACCAAUUCAGAUUUGAUUUAGCUUGAAAUCAUGGAUGUAGAGUCACAACUUUAAACAAUCCAUUUUUCUGAAACAGAUUUCUUCUCCAUAAAUAAGCUCUCUUAGAUAGAUUCACCCAAUUAUACAAUUUUAUAAAUACUUUGCCACGAUUUCAUAUGUGCUACAUAGUCAGUUUUUGUUUAGCGACUGCAGAUGGGACUGGCAACUCAGUCCUUAAGUGACGCACUUGCUGAUUAAAAAAAUCAUACAGCCACAAUUGGCUUAUGAUUUUACACAGGAAAACACAUACUGUCUGGUGAACAUGAGACCAAGAAUAGAGACAGAGAUAUUGUGACGGUCGUAAUUGUGGACGUUGAUCACAAAGCAACUUUUUCAGCACUGUUGUAACUGAAUAAUCACUAUCCAAAACAGUCACUACUACCUGUAGAGAAUUAUCACUCAUAGUCAUUGAGAAUAAAGUCAACAUAUUGUACACCAGGGGUGUCAAACUGGGCCAGAUGCGUCACAUGCAGGCCAUGCCCACCCAGCUACAUGAAGGGGAAAACAUCGCAAUACAUCACAUGACGGCUAUGUGACGCCGCAAGUUUGACACCCGAGCUGUACACGAUGAUCACAAUAUACUCAUUAAAGGCAUUUUCAGGCAGCACCUUUUUUUAAUUCCCCUAAAGCAGAUUGAUAUAGCUUACUUAAUCAUCUUCAUUCCUGCCAAUUUGGGAUUGUAUAAAAAUACUCUUGAGUUAGUACAGGUAAUCCUCGAUUUAUGGCUACAAUUGAGCCCAAAAUUCCUGCUGUUGAGACAUUUUUAAGUGAGUUUUGUCCCAUUUAACCACCGUUCUUGCCACAAUUGUUAAGUGAAUCACUGCAGUUGUUAGUUAAGUGAAUCAUUACAGUUGUUAGUAACUCAGUUGUUAAGUGAAUCUGGCUUACCCAUUGACCUUGCUUGUCAGAAGGUUGCAAAAGUUGAUCACAUGACCUUGGGACACAGCAAUUGUCUUAAAUAUGAACCAGUUGCCAAGCAUCUGAAUUUUGAUGCUGCAAAGGUCAUAAGUGUGAAAAAUUGUCAUAAGUCACAUUUCUCAGUGCCUUUGUAACUUUGAAAGGUCACUAAAUGAACUGUUGUAAGUCGAGGACUACCUGUUCUCUUUCAUCUUUGAUCUGUCCAAUAAGAGCAUGUAAAAAGUCUACUCUGACUGAAUCCUAGAAUAAUAUCCAUUUCUAUGUGAUGCAAAUAUGCCUUUGUUCUAAGUACUUAUUUGUAUUUGUUUGUUUAAAAAUAAAUCUGAGCGUUUGUAAUGGGCUAACACUGUCUAUCAAGCUACUAUUGCUUUUUUUGUGUUAAAAAUCCAGGUGAUAGCAUACAGAUGGCUUGAUGUCAUAUAAUUGAUUUUAUAAUUAGUUUUUUGAAUACUUUUAAUCAUGCUUGUAAGAU